AUGGCCAGCAUUAAACUAAGCUACUUACUUUUGCUAGUCUUCACCUACUUCCUUGCAACACAUCUAGUACAAGGAUCUAGAACUCAAGUAUUACUUCCUUUCCAACAACGGGUUUCUCAUUUUCCUCCAUUGCAUUUGCAGGAAAGUGUCGGCAAUGAAGCAAAGAUGGAUAGAAAUUCAAGGAGACUGUUGAUUGGAUCUACAGCGCCUACCUGCACUUAUAAUGAAUGUAGAGGAUGCAAAUACAAAUGUAAAGCUGAACAAGUUCCAGUCGAAGGAAAUGACCCAAUCAAUAGUGCAUACCACUACAAAUGCGUUUGCCAUAGGUCAUAAAUCAAAUAUGUUGUAAGCUUGAGUUGAGUGGACAUGUGUGGUUUAGAAUGAAGAACAUAUUGCACUAUCAUCAAAACAACUUCAAAAUCUAGAUUUUCUUCUACAUCCAAAUACUACUCUUUUGUCUCUGGAGUUAUAUGGAUCGUGAGAAGUGGUGUCCAUAUUAGCU